AUGGACACACCUGUAUGCUUAGGCAACGUUGCCCGGGAGACGCGAACGUGUCUUGGUCAAUACGCACAUAUCUCAGCUUUGCCAGCUUCGUACCUCGAGAAUUUCCGUGUGUAUCGUACACGCCCAUGGACGCAAGCACGUUCAAACACAUUGCCUAUUAGACCCACUGGUACCGUAAUGGCUGUGGGGAAUAUGAUGUCAAUGAAGAGCGAACAGGGUGAGGUCGCUUGCAUGCAACCGGCGAGCAGCGCAGAGUCGAUAUCCGGUGUUAUUGUGACGGGCAACGAGUGUGACAUAAAAGAGAUCACUGGCCAGCGAUCCUGUUCCUCCUCAAAUUGCAUCAAGGCAUCAGACGGCCGCAUUCUCCACGAGACCAAGGAUGCUAGUGCUCGUUGGGAAGAGCAUGUUCAAGAACUUUUAAACGAUGAGCAAGAGCCAGAAGAUUUAGUCCUAGAAGCUAUGACAUCUGGUCCACCAAUUCUGAAAUCAGAAGUGCCUUGGUCCCGACAGCAAAUGAAAUCUGGAGAAGCUGUCCCAGGAACACUUGAGCUCCCGCAACAUCGUACAUUUGUUCAAAAGUCGCAUAUUCCUAAAACUCUACUGAAAAUCAUCCUACAGAGGAUCAGAAGACAACUCCUACCUGUGAUACCAGAGACCCAGUUUGGAUUUUUGAAGGAUAAAGAUGAUACAGUUCUCAUGGUCACAGCUGUAAAUGACCCUCAAAAACGGUCAGAGGACACCUUGGCCGCGAUGUCAGCAGCAAGAAAACAAAAUGCAUGUCGUACUGCCAUCUCCAAACACUCUUGUGUCUUGGUCCAGGAGAUCUCUAGACCCAAAGGCUUCACCUCAUUGCUGAAUACUUCCAGAGCUGCCACCAGAGAUUCCAGAGACUCAGAUAGAACAGCAACAUCGUCAGCAAAGUCAGGAUGCUGGAGUCCCGUCGAUCCCCUCCAACUUCUCGAGAGGGAUGAUCAUGCUCCUCAGCAGGUCCCAUCGAAUGGUACUGGACUAUCAGAUGCAACCAGAACAGUAUGCAUCACUACUAGUUCACCACCAACCUUUAACAGUUCAGCAGGAAGACUAUACAUAGCCUUCAGCUUAGAGAUCGCCUCCCAAAUCAUUAUGAGCCUUAAGCAAGCUUUGCCAUUGGACCCCGUGAGCUGUAUCAAGUGUUUCAUACUUGACGAAAUUCCACAGAGCUACAGGAUUUUGAGUAUUCCAGAUCAGUCAGAGAUAUCUGUGGCAUACUUCCAAGCACACUCUUCAUUCAAUCUUUCUAAGAAGAACACUCUGGUGGCUAUCGUAGUAUCGACCCUUCUAUAUGGUGCAGAAAGCUGGACACUUUACAGAAGCCAAGUCAAGAAGCUUCAUGCAUUCAUGAUGAGACACCUACGACAGAUCAUGAGAAUUAAUUGGCAAGACAGAGUGACCAACAAAGAGAUUCUCCAUCGAGCAGGCCUGCCAUCUAUGGAGGACCUGCUCAUCAGAAAGAACCUGCGAUGGACUGGUCACAUCAUCAGGAUGCCCACUGACAGGUUAACCAGACAAUUACUCUUCUCAGAGCUCCCAGUGGGUGAAAGAAAGAUAGGUCGCCCACGACUCCGCUACAAGGAUACUAUCAAGCGGAACCUCAAAAAGAGGGAAAUAAACAUCAAGACAUGGACAACACUAGCAUACCAGCGAGCUAAAUGGAGAUCAGCUGUGAAGUAA